AUGGCCCCACCAGAAGGAAUGCGCAUUAUCAUUGUCGGAGGAGGGCUGGCCGGGUUGAUGAUGGGCAUCAUGCUCGACCAAGCAGGCAUCGAUUAUCAUAUCCUCGAACAGGCCUCAAGGCUCCGUCCUCUCGGCACAUCCAUCUCUCUCCACCCCGUCAUCCGUGACCUCAUGGACCAGCUCGGUCUGCUCGAGGAGAUGGAGGCUAUGUCGAAGCCCAUGCGGGGUAUCACAAUUCUGUCGGCCAAGGGCCGUCGCAUGGGUCGAAUCGACACUCGCACCAACAAGCGCAGACCGGACCUGCACGAGUUCCUGCGAUCAAAGAUCUCGCCCGAGCGGUUGACGACGGGGAAGAGGGUGAUCGACAUUACCGAGACCCAGUCGGACGUGACGGUGACCUGUAUGGACGAGACGACGUAUGUCGGCCAUCUGGUCAUCGGAGCCGAUGGAGCCUAUAGCGCCGUCCGCCAGAUCAUGUACAAGAAGCUCCAAGAGCGAGGUCUCCUUCCAGAGGUCGACAAGAAGCCCCUGCAUUUCGACAAGCAGUGCGUCGUCGGCAUGACCGCCCCGCUUGACCCGGCAAGAUACCCUGUCCUCUUGGACGAACAGUGCGAGGUCAAGGUCCUCCUUGGCAAGGACCAACAUACCUCUAUGUGGUUCCUUCCUCUGCAGGGAAACAGAAUCGCGUGGUGUGUAGGUGGUCCGGACCCACAUCAGCUGUUGCGAAGCACAGACGACACCGCCUCCCAAACCAGUCAGGGCAGCGGCAGCCACAACAGUGACAGUCGAGGCAGUCAUCACAGCAGCAGCGGCCAUGGUCGAGACUGGUAUCCCGAGACGAUUGUCGAGAUCUGUGAGGAUGUCCGCAACUUCAAGUGUCCCUAUGGUGGUUCCGUAAUGGACCUGAUCGAGGCCACUCCAAAGGGGAUGGUUUCCAAGGUCCUGUUGGAGGAAAAAAUGUAUCGCACCUGGUACCAUGGUCGCAUUGUCCUUGUCGGAGAUUCUUGCCACAAGAUCGUCCCAUUCUUCGGUCAGGGAGCAUCGCAAGCGAUCCUUGAUUGCGCCUGCCUCACUAACCUCUUCUACGAACUGCGUUCAACCGAUACCGAAUCACUCCCCCCGCUCUUCCAAGAAUACGUCGAUACCCGAAUGGAAACCUCCAAGAUUGCGUCGGACUCUUCUCGCGAGUUUGCGGAUCUGAUCUAUGACCAAGGGUUCAAGGCCGAUAUUGCUCGCAAGAUCGUCCUGAGGUAUACGCCUUCCUGGCUAUUGAGGAUGAUUACGGGGACGGUUCUUACGGAGAGGCCGUUCUUGAAGUUCCUCCGUCCUCCGACAAGGAAGAUCUACCCGAACGAGGACAAGCAACAGCAACAGCAGCAAGAACAGCAGCAGUUGAGGCAGUUGAAGCAACAGCAGUCGUUGCAGUCGCUCCAGUUGCCGUCGUUGCAGCGGUUGAAGUUACAGUCGUCGAUGCUGUCUUUGCAGGAUCUGAAGCAGCAGCAGUCGAUGCGGUCGUUGCACGAGUGGAAGCAACAGCGACAGAUGUCGAUGUUGUCGCUGGAGGAGUGGAAGCAGUACCAGCAGCAGCAGCAUUCGAUGCAGCAGAUGAGACAACAGUUGUCCAUGCCCCAGUUGGAUCGUCCUCUCCAUCGACAACCUUGA